AUGAGUGCUCCCACUGGAAUGGGCCGUUCCACUGCCAUUCAUUUUUAUGAUGUAGCUGCACGAAUGGAACAAGAGCUCGGCAAUAAUAAUGGGCACCAACUUCAUAAUGCUUAUGGUUAUGCUCGUCAACAUCAACCAACUCAUGCAGUAGCUUAUGCAUCACAUAUGCCUAACAAUGAUCAUGUGAAUAGACAAGAUACGCGCGGAUUUUUUGAAUUGUUUUGGGAUAAUUUAUUUCAUAAACACUAA